AUGUCGUCCAGCGUCAUCUCCAUCGACUACCGCGGCCGCGUCGCCGUCAUCACCAUUGCCAACGAAAAGAAGCUCAAUGCGCUUACGCAAGAGCAGUACUAUGAGCUCUCGCAGGCCCUGAGGGAGGUCGCCAAGCAUGACGAGGUGUUUGUCACGGUGAUUCUGGGCAAGGGCCGCUACUUUUCUGCCGGCGCAGACGUCUCCAUCGGCCGCACCACCCCAAAGGACCCCAACGAAGCCCGCAAGCAAUGGCUCCAGACCUUUGUCGCCUUCAAUCUCAACAUCACCGAGUCCUUCGCCUCCCACCCAAAGAUCCUCGUCGUCGGCCUCAACGGCCCCGUCGUAGGCCUCACCGCCGCGCUCGUCGCCCACGCAGACUUCAUCUACGCGGCGCCCCACACGUUCCUCCUCACGCCCUUUUCCUCGCUCGGGCUCGUCGCCGAGGGGGGCUCUUCGCGGGCGCUGGUCACGAGGCUGGGGCUCGCGCGGGCGAAUGAGGCCUUGAUCAUGAGCAAGAGGAUCACGAGCGCCGAGCUGGAGAGGUGCGGGUUCGUGAAUCGCGUCUUUGAGGGAGUGGAGCAGGGGGAGGAUGACAAGUUCAAGGGGUUGGUGUUGAAAGAGGUGGAUGAGAGGCUGGGGGACCAUCUUGUCGGCGAUAGCUUGCUGGGCAUCAAGAAGCUGAUUAGGGGGCCGGAGCAGACCGUUGUGAACCUGAGCAAUUUCAACGAAGUCUUUGCUGGCCUGGCGAGAUUUCAGACGGGCGUCCCGCAGGAAGAGUUUAGAAAGGUUGCCAGCGGCGAGAAGAGGCACAAGUUGUAG